CAGACCCAUAACAAUUCCGCUCUCGGGUUGUAGCCGCUGAUAUUAGUUCCACCAUUCCAAGGUAUCGGAUCUAUCAAUAAUACAUCUGUAUUCCCACCAUGUCCCAUCACCACCAUUCUCACGAUCACGGCCACUGCCACGGCGAAGGAGACGAUGGGCACGACCACUCGAAUGACAUCACUCCGGCCCUCCAAUCUCUCCUCUACUCUCAGAUCCAGUUUGACUCAAUCAUUACAUUGAACGAAGCGACACCUGGGUCCGGAGCUGCGAUUGUCAAGAAAACAUGGGUGGAGAGGCAGAACGACGAGCCGGAGCUGGAGAGUGACGCAGACGAGCAGUUGUUGAUGUAUAUACCAUUUACUGGCCAAGUCAACGUCCACUCCAUUCUCAUCUACACUGCCCCCACACCAUCCGCUCCGAAAACGGUGAAACUCUUCAAGAACCGCGACGACCUAGACUUCUCAACUGCCUCGGAACUCAAACCUACCCAGAAUAUUGAAGUGCCACAGCCAAUACCAGGAACUGAUGUUUUUGAACUGCCCUUAAACCGCGCGCACUGGAACGCUACCACCUCUAUCACUUUGUUCUUCGAAGACAAUUGGAGUGAUGGCGAGGAAGAGGUGACAAAAGUUGGGUACAUCGGGCUUAAGGGUCAGUUCAUGGCCUUGAAUCGAGAGCCCGUUAGCUUUCUGUAUGAAGCGGCAGCUAAUCCUGGUGACCAUGUGGCCAUCCCUGGUGUCAGUGGUGUUGGUGGCCGGAUCAUGCCUGGCCAGUGACGCGGUUUCUUCUGAGAUUAAGGCGAUCCCGUAAAGGAAAGAUGGGUACUUUCGCAACGUGCUGCUUUCUUCGAGAGGACACUAGUGUAAUGAAAUUAUGGUUUAUAAACUGGUUUCGGCAUAAGCAUGGCAAGCAAUGGCGCUCUCUGGAUGUAUCAUAGAGUUGAACUCUAAUUAUCCUAGUUCAAGAUUGACUGACAGAGUUAUCGAAUCACUGAACACUGUAGUAAUUAG